AUGGAGUCGUAUCAGAAGCCGGAAGAUUACUCGGCCCUAUCCUCCGGCGAGAUUUCUAGUACUGUCAAGUUUUUGUGCUGGACCGCAAUUGGUAUCACGCUGUAUUUCUUCUCCGGGUUUACUCUAACUGGGACUUUGAUGGCGCUGAUCGUGGUUACCCCAGCUGUAGUGUUGUUUAGUCCGAUUAUGGUUCCGGCAGGGAUAUUCGUACUCCUAGUCGGAGCUGGUUUUGUGUCGUCGGUGGUGGGUGCAACAUGGGGAUUAUCGUUGUUGUUUGAGUACGCGUCGAAGAAAAAGAAUUGGACGCAGUUUUUAUUUGAUCUGGGGCGUAGGCUUGUGAGGAAGUACUUGCAAAUGAGAUUCGGGUGGAUUGGUUGGUUAUGGUCCUUGUGGGAGUGGGUUAAGUGGUUUAUGUGA